AUGUCGAAACCAUUUCCCAAAAGACUGGAACUACAGGAUCUUGUUAAAGAGUUUCAGGCCAAGUUGGGUGGUGAUUGGGAUAAAUACCAUGAGUCACUCAGUCUUUUUUUAGUGGGAAAACUUUCCAGAGCUGAACUUGUUUCGCAAAUAACCCCAAUUCUAAAAGGUGGUCUCGUGAAGUAUCACAAUAAACUCCUCCUACUUAACUUUGUGAGUUCAUUAAAAAAUGGGCCAUUGGACUACCAAAAUGAACUUGCGUUAUUUUGGAACAAGAAAGCGAACAAAGGAAAGACUGUUCGAUCGAGCCAAUAUGAAAAGUUCAAGCAGAAUAUUAUGGGCCUUCCUUUGCGAGAAAGACGCAGAAUAAAAAACAUCACUCGUGACAGUGGUAAGAAGGGAAAGUUAAGCGCGUCAAUUACACUUACUAGACAUGCAUUGCUUCCCAAAAUACCCAUUGAUACAAGACAAAGAACAGCAGAAACUUCAAGUUAA